AUGUACCAAUGGUGCUUUGUACGGUCGGCGUCAAAGGCCGUGCGGGAAGCGAAAUCCCGAGAAGUGCACAGGCUGAACAUGGAUCUUCAGAAUCCCUUUCUCAGGGCCGAAGACCCUGGCGUAGGUCACGAAGACUCCCAGGAAGUCCUUGCAGAGCAAGCAAUUGCGAAUGCCGGACAAUCACAGGCAAUGUACAAUUACAACCAAAAGCUCCUUGAGCAGAAAGAGCGGGAGCUUAUGGAGAGCAUCGCACUGAACUACGGACGGAUUCGCGAGGUAGAGCGGGAGCUAGGCAACCUGCAGCUACAGCUCAAGCUAACUUCCGGUCCAAAGAAACAUGCCUUGGAGCUACUGCGCAAAAAGAUCGAGACUCAGAACGAGCGAGUGGCUUACGUGCGUGCUAAGCACACGGCAGCGAAGGCGACGUUUGAUCGUCUGGACGCGGAGCUGAAGCAGGAAGAGGCGGUUAAGGAUCAGCUCUGUGGUGAGCUGAACACGCUGGUGCAGCAGGCAGCCAAGGCACAGCUGGAUAAGCUCGAGGAGCUCAAGGUGUGA